AGUAAGUAUGGCCCAAGAGAAGAACAUGGCGGUUCCACAGUUACUCAGUAACGUCGAGUUAGUAAAACAAGGAGCUGAAGCUCGGGUGUACCGGACAGAGUUUCUGGGAAAACCGACUAUAGUGAAGGAACGGUUUCCGAAACGGUACAGACACCCAGUGCUGGAUCAAAAGUUGACUCACCGGAGGACGGUGCAGGAGGUGCGAUCCAUACUGCGCUGUCGGAGGGCAGGCAUAUCUGCCCCUGUAGUCUACUUUGUGGACUACAUGUCCCACUGUAUUUUCUUGGAGGAAGUGGUGGGUUCCUUGACUGUGUGUGACCACAUCGCCUCCACGCAGCAGUCUGAAUCCUGUCAGGACCAGGAGCUGGAGUGGCUGGCUCAGAGGGUGGGCCAGAUUCUGGCCAAAAUGCACGAUGAGGACGUGAUCCACGGAGACCUGACCACCUCCAACAUGCUGUUGAGACGUGGCCCAGAGGACCCAGAGUCCAACCUGGUCCUCAUUGACUUUGGCUUGAGUUACAUCUCUGCUCUGCCGGAGGAUAAGGGGGUUGACUUGUAUGUCUUGGAGAAGGCGUUCCUCAGUACUCACCCCAACACAGAGGCACUGUUUGAGAAGCUGCUGAAGAGCUACACGGCGUCAUCCAAGAAGUCGUCAGCAGUCAUUAAAAAGCUGGAUGAGGUUCGGCUGAGAGGUAGAAAGAGGUCCAUGGUGGGAUGAAGAUUCGAGCUGUGCUCAGGGACGAGGCUCUGUGGAGAAAACAUCCGAAAACAUGUUGGAUUUCUAACAAGACUGUUGUAAGGGAAGUAAAUAAAAAGUGUCUUGUAGUGAAAUGGACAGAAGUUUUCUCUUCAUUGUAAUGAUGUUGGAACAUCUCAGAGCAGUUUAUUUGCUGACAGGUGAUGAAAUGUCACAAGACAGACUUACAGAUAAUGUGUUAACAUACAAAGAUCUAUGGUUACACGUACUCAUGCCUGUGGCCUAGAUAUCUGUGCCAACUUCAGUUCUCAAGUAAGAGUUUGCUGACAGAUCAGACUGCAGGCGGGUGUUCACUGACCAUCAGCUGUUACACACUGACUUAACUGGGAUGUCCUCUCACUGCGAACAACACAGUCAUCUGAAUGUAUUACUUUUCUAAAUAAUAAAGUGAAAUUUUCACCCCA